AGAUGGAGGACUUGCUGGACCUCGGCGAGGAGCGGCGCCGCGGCUCGGCUACCUCCGGGGCCAAGAUGGGUCGCCGAGCUCACCAGGAGUCAGCUCAAGCCGAGAAUCAUCUCAGUGGCAAGAAUUCCUCUUCAACUCUGACUGCAGAGGCUCCCCCUCCCAAACCACCCCGCCGGCAAGGAGGCUGGGCAGAUGACUCCAUGAAACCUUCAAAGUCAGGAAGGAAGGCUUCUGAAGAAAUAGAAGAUCACCGCCUCAGACAGCAGAGCCUGGAUGGAUCAGAUGAUGAAGGAGACAUUCCUGUUAUUCCGGAUCUGGAAGAAGUACAGGAAGAAGACUUUGUUUUGCAGGUGGCAGCGCCUCCCAGCAUCCAGGUAAACCGGGUGAUGACCUACCGUGACCUGGACAAUGACCUCAUGAAGUACGCAGCUUUUCAGACCCUGGAUGGAGAGAUUGACCUGAAGCUCCUCACCAAAGUCCUGGCGCCGGAGCACGAAGUUCGAGAGGACGACGUCAGCUGGGACUGGGACCGUCUCUACACCGAGGUGUCCUCAGAGCUCCUCAGCGAGUGGGACCUGCUGCAGACGGAGAAGGAGGACCCUGUGGGACAGCCCGCAAAUACCUGAGCCCUCGGGGGGCGACAGGCCACUCUCCCCGCACUGAGUAGUCCCUGCUUUGGACUUGAAAAAAUGCCAUAAGCCUAAAACUCAAGAAGUUUGCAAGCAGCUUAGAAUUUUUAUAUGGAAUCUUUUGUAGUAAAAGUAUUUAUUUUCAGAGGACCACAUUGGAUCAUUCAAUUGUAAUAAAUUGCUUUUUUCUAUGGC